AGGCGGAGCCUGACAGCGGAAGUCCCGCCCAGCCUGGGCGACGCUUCCGGCUCAAACCGUUUGGCUCUACGCAGAUAAGAUCGGAUCGGACCGGACCAAGUCGAGCCGUGAACGCUGUGAUGGUGCUCCUGGAGAGCGAGCAGUUCCUGACGGAGCUGACCAGGCUGUUCCAGAAGUGCAGGUCGUCGGGCAGCGUGUACAUCACCUUGAAGAAGUAUGAUGGUCGAACUAAACCCCUUCCAAAGAAAGGUUCUGUGGAGGGCUUUGAGCCCGCUGACAACAAGUGUCUGUUGAGAGCUACAGAUGGGAAAAAGAAGAUCAGCACUGUGGGCAAGAGUCAGCAUAAUAGUGAAUGUUGGGUAAGAUUGGUAUUACCGCUGUUCUCCUGUGGCUUAUUCAAACCUGUUGAGAGCUAACAUGGAUGGGCUGAAGAAGCGGGACAAAAAGAGCAAGAGUAAGAAGAGCAAAGCAGCACAGUGAAGGACACUGAGUGUCCUGCUUUCACCAACUAACCGCUGAAUUGCUAUUUUUCCUUUGUUUUUUACUUUUGGCUACAAAGUUAGGUUUCUGAUUCCCCUACACUGAUUGCUUUCAUGUGAGAUUAGGGUCAUUUUGUAGAAAGGGCUUGCAGUGUUAACAGAGUAGUUGUGGUGAAAAGUCAUUUAUUUUAGAUUUAGGUAAUUGGUCUGAGCUGCAUGAUUGUAUAUUCCUGGAUUAUAGAUUGAAAGUCUCAGUAAUCAUCCGUGUGAAGAGCAAUGUAUCAUUAAACAUGUUGCUUUAU